AUGUCAACAAUGGUGUGUUCAAAGGUUAUGUUUGCUUCCUCAAAGAAUUCGUGUGAAAAGAGACCAACUACUCGAAGAAAGCUUUCACGUGUAAGGCAAACACUUCUUAGAGGAUGGAUAGGCAAAUCCUUGGGAGCGUCUAGUAAGGAAUUCGUGCUAAGGGCGGUUGGGAGUCAGAAAUUAAGAGUCAAUGUAUUAAAGGAACGACCUCGUAGAGAUAAUUUCUUAUCAAUACGUUAUAGCACUGGGGUAAUACUUGUCUAUAGAAAUGAACAUCCCGG